GAAAAUCUCAGUCCAAUCCCCGUCCGUGUGCCUUUCGUUGCGUGCCGAGAAAAGUCUUUCCUUCUUCGGAUCGGAUUCCACGAAAUUUCUAUUCAAUCAAAAAUCGCCAUCGACUUGCCUUCUCCUCUCAUUUCCUUCAUCUCGAAGAUCCCCAAAUUCAGCCAUCAAUUCACAUACUGAAACCCCCUUCACUUCGAACUCCAAAAUCUCAUCUCUCCCAACCGAGGUUUGAAGGGGAAAGAUAAAGAUUAGCUUAGAUUAGAUUUGAUUUUCGCAAGGAUGCUUCACAGGAACUUCAAGCCCGCCAAAUGCAAGACGUCUUUGAAGCUCGCGGUGUCGCGUAUAAAGUUGUUGAAGAAUAAGAGGGCGGCGCAGGUGACGCAGCUGAAGAGGGAAUUGGCUCAAUUGCUCGAGUCUGGGCAGGACCAGACUGCCAGAAUUCGGGUCGAACAUGUAGUGAGAGAAGAGAAGACAAUGGCAGCAUAUGAUCUUAUUGAGAUUUAUUGUGAACUCAUUGCAGCUCGCUUGCCAAUCAUUGAGUCACAAAAAAAAUGUCCUAUUGACUUGAAGGAGGCAAUUACAAGUGUCGUAUUUGCAUCUCCAAGGUGUGCAGAUGUACCAGAACUCUUGGACAUCCGGAAGCAUUUUACAGUAAAAUAUGGAAAAGAGUUUAUUUCUUCAGCAGUUGAACUGCGUCCAGAGUGCGGUGUAAGCCGCAUUUUGGUUGAGAAGUUGUCUGCCUUAGCUCCUGAUGGUCAGACUAAAAUAAAGAUCCUGAGUGCAAUUGCUGAGGAGCAUAACAUCAAAUGGGAUCCUAUGUCAUUUGGAGACACAGAUUCAAAGCCUCCGAAUGACCUUUUGAAUGGACCAAGUACCUUGGGGAAGACAAGUAUGUUUCAAGCUGAACCUCCUUAUGUCCAAGGUCCACCGAACCCUGAUCAAAAGCAUGAUGUAACUGCAGAUGUCUAUGUACCAAACACACGGUCAUCAGUGAAUUCCCAAAAUGUUCUUUCUACUGAUAUUGAUCCUAACAAUUUUCAUCCUGAAGUCAACCGUGCAGGAAUUGGACCCAUGGAGAGGGAAUUCAGGCACCUAUCUUCUGGGGAAAAGAAUGUCUUUGCUAUGGAUAGGCAGAAUUGGAAUAUGGAAUUCAAGGAUGCGACCUCUGCUGCACAGGUGGCAGCUGAAUCUGCAGAAAGAGCAAGUAUGGCUGCUAGAGCAGCUGCAGAACUUUCAGCCCGUGGGAGAAUAUCCAGGCAAUAUUCCAGAGAGUCACAGAAGUCAUCUGCUUAUGGUUUACGAGAUGAAGAGCCUGGAAAAUAUGCUGGCUUGAAUUAUCCGGACGAGCAUUUUGCUAAAGAUUUGCCAAAUAUUGAAUCUGUGGAAAGGGCAGACAUGGCUGCUGGAGCUGCUGCAGAAGCUCGUGGGAGAAUUGCCAGGCAAUAUUCCAAAGAAUCACAGAAGUCAUCUACUUAUGGUUUGAGAGAUGAAGGGCCUGGAAAAUACAUUGACUCAAAUUUUUCAGAUGAGCAUCUUUCUAAUGAUUUGCCAAAUAAUUUUUCUCAUGACAGAAAUUCAAGGAUGCAGAAUGAGAAAGUGGAUGGGAAUGGACAGGAUAACUUUGCAGGAGUGGCUCAAAGGUUGCCCGGGGAUGCUGGUAAUACAAGAAGAUCUAGUGGUUUUGCUUCUUUCAAGUCGAGCGCAGCUUCCAUGGAUGAGGACAUUUUUGUGCAUGGUGUCCAAAAGGCAGAUAGAUAUUAUCAAAGGACUUCUUCUGAAGUUGAUUCCAUAAAUCCCCAGCAAAGUGAAUCGCAAAAUGGUAUGAAAACUGAGAACAUUGAUUAUAUUGGAGAAGCAAGAUACAGUAGACAAUCCAGCACCAUCUUUUCUCAUUCUCAUGCAAACCCUUCUGGUGAUGAUUAUGGUGUUAAUUUGAGUACCAAUUUCCACGUGUAUGGAAAUGAUGCUGUUGGGGAUUUUUCUGCUGAUCAUGAUGAAGGAGAAUUCCACACACACACAAAACAGUUGAACUCCUAUGAUAAAAAUACGGUAGUUUUUGAUGAUUCUGCUUCAGAUGAUGGUGAGGGUAGUUUUAAUGUUGAGGACCACAGUGGGCGAGAAUCCAAUUUGUAUUUCCCAUCACCAGGUAGAAAAUCACCAACCCAUUUCUCAGCAAAUACAAAUGGUUUGAAUCCUAGGCAAAAUGAGAGUGAGACACUGGGGAAUUCCACUUCACAAUCACAUUUUUUCACUGAAUCAUACUAUCCUUCCGAGCUUUCUGGAAGCCUGAAAAAAUCUGUAGAAAAUUCAAGAUCAGAAGAUUUGCCACCCGUAACAUUUGAUGAUUCAGAUGACCCAUGCUCAGAAAGUGAAGAGGAGUUGGAAAAGUCCAAGGUUCCUCUUAAACAAAGUGUUUUUGACAGAAAUCCUAAAAUGACCUGGAGUGAGAGUCAUAUGCCUACAGGAUCCUCAUUUGAGGCUGAGAAAAAUUUCAGUUCUGCUGACUUGCCUGCCAUCCAACCAUCAAUCAGACGCAUAAGACCUCAAUUAGAUCCAAAUGAUAUGGACCGUGAAUCAUUUUAUGAACCUGAGGAUGAUGGGAAGCAUCUGCAGUCUCUGCAAUCUUUGAGGCUUUCCUUGAAGCAUGGAGUUGAGGACAAUGAUGCUCUUCAUUCACCAGAGUCACCUGAUACUGUGCAAGACACUGCAUUUUCAGGUCGAACGGGUUUUGAAGGAGGGAAAGAAUUGAACUUUGGAAUGUUAACUGGGGGCCUUCGAAAUAAGGGUUACAGGAACCCACCUUACACAAACAAUCGAUCAGAUAAUGCUUCAUCUUCUUUCAAACAAAUGUACAAAGAUAUCCAACCUGCCACUGAGCAAUCCACUACAUCACCUGCAGCUGAGACCCCUGCUAAUUUUGAAGCUUGCAAUCAAGAGCCACAUAAUCAGAAAAUAAGGAUGAAAAUAAAUAAAAAUUCUACAUUAAGAGCUCCUGUGACGCAUUUUGAUUCAACAAGUGAUGAUUUUGAGGAACUCUCACUCCAGAAUUUAAGUGGCAAUCAGGAGGCAUACAAUCAGAAAGUCGGGAAAACGGCAAAUAAAAACUCAAGUUCAAGAGCUCCCAUACCGUAUUUUGAAUCAGAUAGUGGUGAUUCUGAGGAGGAACUCCAUAAACAGACUUCAGCUAGCAGAGUUCGUUCGAGUGGUGGGUUUUCUCGAAGAACAAAAGCAUCUCCUUCAUAUUCCAAAACUAGUUCUGAUUCGAAGGUUACAGUUGCGCCAAAUGCAUCAGUAGCUUCAAACUAUGGUUCAGAAAGGAGGAAACCUUUCUCAAGGAGUUCCCGUACUACAGAAAGUCCUUUGAAGCCUGGUUCCCAAGACAAAGGCAUGGGCCCCUGGGAAGGGUAUGAGGAGUCGAGAUCGGCACAGCAAGCGAGUUUUAAGCCAUUGCCGGAAGCUAAAACAUCAUUGCCUGCAGAAGUAUCUAAACCACCAGAAAAGAUGCAGCCAUCGCAUCCUCUUCCAAGGAUUGUGACCUCGAGUACCGAAGAAAGUCUGAAGACAUCUGGUGGGGAGACUCCAUCCACAGCGUACUCCAGGAAAGCUAGUCAUGUUCACCCAAACCUUCCAGACUAUGACACAUUAUUUCAGACUCUCCGUAUGAAUCGCCAAUAAAUAUAUACGCAUAUCGAGUGUUGUUUUAGUUGAAUUCCUAGUGCUCAGAGCUGAGGCAACUUUGAUGGUUAUAUGGGUAUGAUACAUGUAUAUCGAAUUUGAGUGGAUAGAGUUCAAUAGUGUGUUUACUUUUGUGUAUGGGAGGUGACAUUUGUUGUAAACAUUACUGCAAAAAGCUAGUAUUCUUUUGUUUA